AUGAAGGCUUUUGCCGCCACAUUAUAUCGAUCUGCAUUCACUGCAAAGAAGGAUGAUCCAAACCAUCCCAAUUGGGUGAAAGUUGGUCUGGCUCUUGGUUCCACACAUGGCAUAUGGUGGCUGGUUCUCAAACAACAUAAUGACGAUUUAGCAGAAUACGAAAGGAGAAAAGCACAACGAGGGUCUUAGUGGUUCAGUUUAUUCUAGUUGAAGCUGUGUUCCGUGGCAAACAUCACAGUGAUGCAUAUUCUGAUCGACAUAAAUAAUUCAACAGAUAAUCUUUCGUUGCCAGAUCAUUCUAAUAUAUGUCAGCUCUUGAAAUAAAGCAGUGACAAAUAGGGAAGUGAUUGA